ACCAUCUCCCAAAUUUCAAUUGUAAAAUACAGAUGGAGAAGAGCUUUGCUGCUGAGAUAUAUUCUGAGUCUCUGAAGCAUUCAGAAGCUGUAGUUAAUCCCUCUUCAAGUGCUUUCCAAAGUCAAACUACUUCAAAUGAUAGAUUGAACGAGUUGACAAAUGAAGACGAUUCACCAUGGGGCGGUUCCUCCGACGAGCUGGAGGGACCAUCUGAUUUAGACCGAGAAUGGAAAUACAGGCAUGACCAAUUUCACAAGAUUGGAUAUCGUGAUGGGCUCAUUGCGGGAAAGGAAACAUCAGCACAAGAAGGGUUUAACAUUGGAUUUAAAGAAUCAGUGCUCGUCGGAUACGAUUGGGGGCUUGUUAGAGGUUUUUCUAGUGCAUUUUCUUUGCUACCGGAGUCGUUAAAGGAGAAGCUUGUUGAAACAGAAGAGGAUAGAGAGAAAUUCCAGUCGCUGGAGAAAUCAGUCCGUUCAAUUGCAACAACAGACGCACUUAAGUUGUUUAACGAUGAAAUAGUGGAAAAUGAUCAACCGGGGGAGGAAAAUCAGAGUGGCCUGAAGAAUAAUCAUCCAGGUUCGAACAACACUUUAAGAGAUUACUAUGUGAAGCUCACCUCACUUCUCAGUAAUAAUAUGCUGAUUAAUGAAGCUGUUACUCAAGUAAAAAUAGAUAGAUAAUGGUGAAUGAAUGGAUAAGUAAAUGCUCAAGAACUUACAAUGGAUUCAUAACAGCUAAGAUGGCUAAGGGUUUAUCUAAUUCAAUUUAUAUAUGUAUUUACAAUUUGAACAGUUUAUAUGAAGAACCUUGAGAAUGUUUACUGUUUAGUAACUUAUUUGAUUUCUGGUUACAAAUUUGGCCCGUUUUCAUGGAA